AUGGGCAGGGGGCUGCUGCAGACACAUUUCAGGAAUGCACCCCCGCCUCACGGACCCCGCCGGGACCGAGGUAGGCUGUGUCCACACUGCCCCCCCACCAUCCUCCCACGAAGAGCGCCAGCCCUGCUGCAGAGAUGUGCAAGGACAUGCAGGAGAAGCCACCCGUGGAAGGAUGCUCAGCCUGUUUAUGAAGCCAUGAGUUCACAAAGUUCUGCUGGACUAACCCAGGAGGGCUGCUGCCAAGAGAUUGGAACAUUUCACUGGAGCACAACUGCCUUUGGAGGGGGUCUUCAGGUGGAGCCUGAAAUUGUUUUCAAAGCGAUAUUUAGACCCUGGGGCUUUGUUGGGGGGGCAUGA